GUUUCCUAUCCUGGGAGCAGGAGAGUGUGCCUAUUUGAAUGACAAAGGUGCCAGUAGUGCCAGGCACUACACAGAGAGGAAGUGGAUUUGUUCCAAAUCAGAUAUACAUGUCUAGAUGUUACAGCAAAGCCCCAACUAAUCUUUAGAAGCAUAUUGGAACUGAUAACUCCAUUUUAAAAUGAGCAAAGAAUUUAUUUCUUAUACCAACAGGUAUAUGAAAAUAUGCUCAAUAUCACUAAUAACUAGGAAAAUACAAAUCAAAAUCAUAGUAAAAUAUUACCUGUUUUCAUGGUGCUAAUAUUACCUGUUCUCCCACUGCUAAUGACAUACCCAAGACUGAGUAAUUUAUAAAUAAAAGAGAUUUAAUUGACUUAUAGUUCCGCAUGGCUGGGGAGGUCUUGCAAUCAUGACAGAAGGCAAAUGGGAAGCAAAGUCCUGUCUUAUAUGGUGGCAGGCAGGAGGACUUGUGCACAGGAACUCCUAUUUAUACAACCAUCAGAUAUCUUGAGACAAGAACAGUAUGGGGCUCCCUGGUGUGAUUCCGUCCUGUGCGGCUGUUCUCUGGAGCAGCAUUCAUUUAUCUUCGUCUGCCUUGUCUCCUACCUAAGUGUGUGCCGCCACCUAAUGGAAGAUUCGAUGGACAUGGACAUGAGCCCCCUGAGGCCCCAGAACUAUCUUUUCAGUUGUGAACUAAAGGCCGACAAAGAUUAUCACUUUAAGGUGGAUAAUGAUGAAAAUGAGCACCAGUUAUCUUUAAGAACGGUCAGUUUAGGGGCUGGUGCAAAGGAUGAAUUGCACAUUGUCGAAGCAGAGGCAGUGAAUUACGAAGGCAGUCCAAUUAAAGUAACACUGGCAACUUUGAAAAUGUCUGUACAGCCAAUGGUUUCUCUUGGGGGCUUUGAAAUAACACCACCAGUGGACUUAAGGUUGAAGUGUGGUUCAGGGCCAGUGCAUAUUAGUGGACAGCACUUAGUAGCUGUGAAGGAAGAUGCAGAGUCAGAAGAUGAAGAAGAGGAGGAUGUGAAACUCUUAAGUAUAUCUGGAAAGCAGUCUGCCCCUGGAGGUGGGCAGAAAAAAGUAAAACUUGCUGCUGCUGCUGAUGAUGAUGAUGAAGAUGAUGAUGAAGAUGAUGAUGAUGAUGAUUAUGAUGAUGAGGAAGCUGAAGAAAAAGCGCCAGUGAAGAAAUCUACUCCAGCCAAAAAUGCACAAAAGUCAAAUCAGAAUGGAAAAGACUCAAAACCAUCAUCAACACCAAGAUCAAAAGGACAAGAAUCCUUCAAAAAACAGGAAAAAUCUCCUAAAACACCAAAAGGAUCUAGUUCUGUAGAAGACAUUAAAGCAAAAAUGCAAGCAAAUGUAGAAAAAGGUGGUUCUCUUCCCAAAGUGGAAACCAAGUUCAUCAAUUAUGUGAAGAAUUUCUUCUGGAUGACUGACCAAGAGGCUAUUCAAGAUCUCUGGCAGUGGAGGAAGUCUCUUUAAGAAAACAGUUUAAACAAUUUGUUAAAAAUUUUCCAUCUUAUUUCAUUUCUGUAACAGUUGAUAUCUGGCUGUCCUUUUUAUAAUGCAGAGUGAGAACUUUCCCUACCAUGUUUGAUAAAUGUUGUCCAGGUUCUAUUGGCAAGAAUGUGUUGUCCAAAAUGCCUGUUUAGUUUUUAAAGAUGGAACUCCACCCUUUGCUUGGUUUUAAGUAUGUAUGGGAUGCUAUGAUAGGACAUAGUAGUAGCAGUGGUCAGACAUGGAAAUGGUGGGGAGACAAAAAUAUACAUGUGAAAUAAAACUCAGUAUUUUAAUAAAGUAAAAAAAAAAAGUGUGGGGAAAACUGCCCCCAUAAAGCAAUUGUCUCCACCUGGCCCUGCCCUUUGCAUGUGGACAUUGUUACAAUUCAAGGUGAAAUUUGGGUGGAGACACAACCAAACCAUAUCAGAUGGCUAUAUCAAAAAGACAAGAAAUAACAAGCAUUGGUGAGAGUGUGGAGAAGAGGGAACCCUUGUACACAGUUGGUGGGAACACAGUUUGGUGCAGCCAUUAUAGAAAAUGGCAUGGAGGUUCCUAAAGAAAUUAAAAAGAGAACUACCAUAUGAGCCAGCAAUCCCUUUUCCAGAUAUACACCCAAAGGAAAUGAAAUCACCACCUCAUAAAGAUAUCUGCAUUCCUGUUUAUUAUAACACAUCUUUAUUCAUAAUAGCCAAGAUACGGAACUAACCGAAGUGACCAUUAACAGAUGAAUGGAUAAAUUGUCAUAUAUAUAAAACACACACAUUAUAUACAUAUGUAUAUAUAUAAAUAGAAUAUUAUUCAGCCUUGUAAAAAGAAAUCCUGUUAUGUUGGGAACAAGCCCCCCAAAAUGUGGCCAUAAACUCACCCCAAAACUGGCCAUAAACAAAAUCUCUGCAGCACUGUGACAUGUUAGUGAUGGCCAUAACACCCACGCCGGAAGGUUGUGGGUUUAUGGGAAUGAGGGCAAGGAACACCUGGCCCGCGCAGGGUGGAAAACCACUUAAAGGCAUUCUUAAGCUACAAACAAUAGCAUGAGCGAUCUGUGCCUUAAGGACAUGUUCCUGCUGCAGUUAACUAGCCCAACCUAUUCCUUUAAUUCGGCCCAUCCCUUCGUUUCCCAUAAGGGAUACUUUUAGUUAAUUUAAUAUCUAUAGAAACAAUGCUAAUGACUGGCUUGCUGUUAAUAAAUACGUGGGUAAAUCUC